AUGCCCAGGACGGCUGCAAACUUCACGGGCGCUUCAGGAGAUCAGGUGGCGCCGGUUGCUCUGUGGAUCCUUGGACCUUCCUCGGUUGGAAAGUCAACAAUAGCAGUGGACGCAGCUCCCAGGUUUGACAUACCCUGUAGCUCAGCAACUGAUACAGAUGCUGACCCGAGGCGGCGUCUAGAUGCGGUGAUUGUUGAUGGAGAGUUCAUGCGAGAUGCGCAUGGACUGUGGAAGCAAUGGAUUGAAACAGAUGAUUGGCGUUCCGCCUACCCAGCAUUGAAAUCCAUCAUUAACCUCGAGAAGGACGAGCUGUGUCACGAAGCAGUUCGGCAACGCAAGCACUUGGUCAUCCCCCAGACUGCUCUCAAGCUGCCGAAGGCACUUGCAGAGAUGGAGGAGCUCAUGCGAAGUGGUUACAUAAACCACGUUCUGGCAGUUGUAGCUGCUCUUUCCGAAUGCCAGCAGAGGGGGUGGAGGCGUGAACUUACGACAGGAAAGAGAUACCAAGCAGCCGAGUUUCAGCAAUCCAUUUCCGCCAUACCACCGUUGAUCGCGAACAGCAAUGGCCGUUAUGCAGUUGUUCGUGCUCGGGAACGGAUGGGUACUCUGCAUGGGAUGGACUUUGAUGUGCUACAAGAAGGGUCUGGUGGAGUUGCAGUGAGUGGCCUAGGCACUGCUGCUCCGCCAAUGACAAAGCUCGAGGCCGUGAUCGGCCGCGCAGUCGCAGUCUCAGAGCAGGCUGUCAUAGUUGGCGAUUCUGUGCGUAAUUUUUUGGGCAGAGUAGAAAUUUCAUAAAGCCAGAAACGGUCAGAAACCAAACCAAGCUUUGCCAAGCUCUUGCAUCUCUUGCCAACUUCACUGAGAUUGGAAAAUCUUGACCUGCGCUGAUUGGCGGGCCCUGGCAUUUUCCAGUUUC